CGAACUUUCGACUAGGCGGCAUGAUGCGCACGCAUCUGACAGUAUCCCCCGUGCAUUCGGUGGGGUUCGGUAACAAUCGGAGAGUAUUUGGCCGGUUCGUUCCGUCGAGUCGACCGUGAGUAUAGUAGAUCGUCGUCCGACAACCCCUUCGCUUUCGGUCAUGUCUCGCCGCGACUAAUCAAGAGCUCCCCCUUUUCUUUCUCCGUCGUUCUUUUAUUCAUCUGCCUUGAGCUAUACGUUGUUAUAAACAGUGUCAAGAGGCUCGAGCCCGUCGCCGGAUCGUUUCGCACCUGCCGAUACGUAUCGACGUUUCGCGAUUAGCAGUGUGUGACAUAUCGAGCUACUAAGCUGCGUUUAUUGUCUCAUUCUUCUCUUAUAUAUUUUUCUUCGUUGUAUCCAUUUCUCUUAUAUUCGAUCUGUUCGUGAUCAUACGGAGAAAGCAUGGAUGAGGUCAAUGGAAAAAUGCGAAAUAAACACGAGGACGUGGAUGCUGCGCCUUUCGAUGCUGACAUCCUGAACCCUUUCGUACACCGUCUCGAGCUCGAUACAACCUACGACAAGCUCAAGACGGCAUUCCUGACGGUAGCUCUUCUACCAUUCAGACUGGCUGCAAUUACGGCUCUGGUGAUCAUGGCCUGGCUCCUGGCCUGUCUUGGUCUCCUUGGAUUGUCCGAAGAAGACCUUCGUCGUGCACCUCUGAAAGGGUGGAGACGAGAUAUGCGAAUCGUGAUCUGCUGGAUGAUGCGAGCAUUGUUCAUCUGCGGAGGAUUUCACCAUCUGAAGGUCAAAGGUCGUAAAGCAGAGACAAAGGUUGCUCCUGUGUUAGCCCUAGCUCCGCAUUCAAGCUUCUUCGAUGCACUUCCGGUUGUUUAUCUUGGCGGGCCGAGCAUCGUCGCCAAGGCAGAGAUCGGACGUAUUCCUUUUCUUGGAAAACUUAUCAACUAUACACAACCAGUCUAUGUUUGGAGGGAAGAUCCGAAUUCACGACAAAAUACGAUCAAGGAAAUUAUCGAAAGGGCUACUUCGAAAGAGGAUUGGCCACAGGUGAUGAUUUUCCCUGAAGGUACUUGUACAAAUCGAUCGUGCCUCAUUACUUUCAAAUCAGGUGCAUUUUAUCCUGGUGUUCCUGUACAGCCUGUCUGCAUCAGAUAUCCUAAUAAAUUGGAUACCGUAACGUGGACCUGGGAGGGUCCUGGAGCAUUAAAGUUACUUUGGCUCACAUUAACACAACUCAAUAGUAGUUGUGAAAUUGAGUUCCUCCCCGUCUACAAACCAAGUGAAGCUGAGAAAACAGAUCCUAAGCUCUAUGCAAAUAACGUGCGACGUCUUAUGGCAGAGGCAUUACAAAUUCCCGUGUCAGAUUAUACGUAUGACGAUUGCCGAAUUAUUAGCAAAGCUCAUCAGUUACAUAUACCACGAGCAUCCACCAUAGUAGAAGCCCACAAACUUCGUAACAAACUUGGUUUAGUAUCUGCGAAAACGGAAGAAGAGUUAAUUCAGAAGAAAAAAGAAAGAUUUAACGAAGAAAUUAAUUUGCAUGAAUUUGCGCAAAUCCUCAGAAUAGAUGAGAAAGAGCCUACUACCCAACAACUCUUCCGAAUACACGAUAGGCAAGGAAAGGGUAAAAUAGAUUUAGAAGAAUAUUUAUUCACUGUAUUAGCCACAACGAACGCAAUCUCGGAGCUAGACAAAAUCGAAACAGCAUUUGAAGUGUGCGGUACAAAAUCAUUAUCAUAUAUUAACAAAAUGGAAUUAAGGAAAGCUUUAAAGCUGUCAUUAAAUAUGCCUGCAGAAGAAUCUGAUAAAAUCUUUCAAAAUGCAAAAAUCGAUUUUGCUGAUACGACAGUAAAUUUUGAAUUUGUAAUAGCUGCAUUAGCAGCAAGAACAGAAUACUCUCAUAUAUUCAUUGGAAAUCCUGAGGCAAAAAAAAAAAAUAUUUGAGAGUAUUUCAUUAACUCGUUCCAUGCUCAUCGAAGGUACAGAACGCACCGUGUCUGUAGCAGGCCACUACUCAACCAGACAUGUGUUAGUCCUGUAUAAGUUUGUUCCAUUCUUGCUGAUAUUACUACCCUCUCAACGAAUAGAUAGCCAUUUUUAUUUAGUAUUAUUAUCGUUGACGAAGCAAGAAAUGUCGUCUUCGUGAGAACAAAGGAAAUGAAAUACGGAACGAGAAGAGUGCAUAGCAGUUACUAAAAAGUCAUGCCCAGCGAAUCGUUGUCUCUGGUGUUUGUGUAGCGCGGAUACGUUUCUUCGAUAAAUAAGCAAACUUUUCAUACGAACGAAGUCAAUUUUUGAAAGAAACGUUAAA